ACUAAACUACUUUAAAAUGCAGUUGCAACUCUCCUGGUUUUGGACUGAGACACCAGCGAUGUCACGGCACAGCAACCUCUCCGUGGUGGCCCAUGGUCCUGGGGAUCUGCGAAUGGAGAAGCUUCCAAUCCCUGAACCAGGCCCCAAUGAAGUCCUGCUGCAGAUGAACUCUGUUGGGAUCUGCCGGUCUGAUGUCCAUUACUGGCAGCAUGGAAGGUUGGGAAGUUUUCUCAUGAAGAAACCAAUGGUUCUGGGACAUGAAGGUGCUGGGAUGGUGACCAAAGUAGGACAGGAAGUGCAGCAUCUCCAAGUAGGAGAUAGAGUUGCCAUUGAACCAGCUUACCCCCUCCACAAUGAUGAGUUCUGCAAGUCUGGACGUUACAACCUUUCUCCAACCAUGUUCUGCUCUGCAACUCCACCUUAUCAUGGGCAGUUGUCCCAGUACUAUGUCCACAAUGCAAACUACUGCUUCAAGCUUCCUGACUGUGUGAGCUGUGAAGAAGGUGCUUGUAUAGAGCCUCUUUCAGUCGCAAUUCAUGCCUGUCGAAGGGCACGGGUAAAAAUGGGCAGCAAAAUCCUGAUCUGUGGAGCAGGUCCAAUUGGACUUCUGAAUCUACUGGUUGCCAAGGCAAUGGGGGCAGCUCAAGUCGUGAUUUGUGAUUUAUCAUCAGUCCGACUGGAGAAGGCGAAGGAGCUGGGGGCUGAUUUUACCAUAAAGGUGGAGAAGGAGACACCUCAGGACCUAGCCCAGAAAGUGGAGGCUGUUCUUGGUUCAAUGCCAUACACUACCAUCGAGUGCACUGGGGCAGAGUUCUGUGUCCAGGCUGCUGUCUACGCGACUCAGUCCGGAGGGACGGUGCUCCUGGUUGGGCAUGGCCCGGAUUUGGUGAGUGUCCCUCUUCUAAAUGCCGCAAUCCGAGAGGUGGAUAUCCGGGGCAUGUUCCGAUACUGCAAUACGUAUCCCAUGGCAAUUGCUAUGCUGGCUUCAAAGAAGGUGGAUGUGAAGCCUUUGAUCACGCAUCGUUUCCCUCUGAGCCAGGCCAUUGAGGCAUUCGAAACAACAAAGAAACAGCUGGGAAUUAAAGUGAUGCUGAAGUGUGACCAAGCUUGA